AUGAGCAAAAGAUUUUACGAAACUCCAGUUGAGAUUGAGAACGACUUUGACAAGAAGGUUGCAGAAGUAUUCAGCUUGUACGAUCGUCAUAAGAACAACAUGACAAGCAGUAAAAAUCUUGAAGCAAUCUUAGGUCUUUUGGGUUGCGCACCGAUUAAACAAGAUCUUGAGGAAAUCACUAGAACAAUACAGCAGAAGAAGAAGAUCCAUCUUGGAAAAUUGAUUCCUUAUUUAAGAACAUAUCUCCUAAAAGGCAAUAUGAGACCAAUUUCUAAAGAUGAUUUGCUUAAUGUCUUUAAAAUCAUCGACACAAAAAAUCUAGGGUACAUACCCAAAGCUGAAUUCGUUAAAUUAAUGAGAGAUUAUGGAAAUCCAUUAAGUGAAGAGGAAUUAACAGAGAUGCUGGUUGCUGCUGUCGACAUAUAUGAUUCCUGUGUCCAUUAUGAAUAUUAUGUUGAUAAAAUAGUCAUGAAAUCAGAUGUAGAGGAUUCAAUCUUUAAACUUGCUGAGCUACCUUUUAGGAAGAAGACAAUGUUUCGCUAG